GCUGGGCUCAGCCGGGCGCUGGCGGCUGGGUGGCGCUUCCUGCCACGCCGGGCCUGGGCCGCGCCAGCGCUGCUCCGCCGAGGGCCGGGCGUCGGCGGCCGCCGCCGGGCCGGGGAUUCGGUGACAUUUGCCAGCGUGGCACAGUACUUCACCAAGAGGGAGUGGUUGAGGCUGGACCCUGAGCAGAGGACAGCGGCGCCUUGAAGGAAUGUGACCUCCGCGGCAUGCGGAAGGCCUCGGGCAGAGAUGGAACCCGCACUACUGCCAUCGGCAGAGCCCCAGCAGUGACAACGCCAGACCCUUAACUCACUAAGCCAAAGGGAACUCCAACUCUCAACUCCUAGUGGCACAGAAGGAAGCCCCCUCAGUCUCCUGUUGGGAAAGACAUUAGAACAAACUGGCCAAUAGAAGACCGAGGGGGCUUCCUUCCGUGCAUGGCAACCUGAGGAGUUCCUGUUUGGAAUCCGGCCUCUGUCUCUCGCCCGCCCUCAUCAGGCCCAUCCCGGGCGGUGGAUCGAGCUGAGCAGCCUGAAAGCAUCUGGGGGACCCCACCGCGGACGAUGGGUGAAGACGCCCAGUCGCAGGAUACGGCGUCCACCAGCUCCCCGAGGGCGGGCGAGCCCAGCGCCGAGGUCAAACGGAGCGGGGACUCGGAGGGGCGGGGAGGGAGCCCGCAGGAUCCGCCUGUGGAGCAUCACUUUGCCUGUAAAGAGUGUGGGGGUGCCUUUCGGCUCAAGGUCCUGCUGGUGCAGCACCAGAGAAUUCACAGCGAGGAGAAGGGCUGGGAGUGCGGCGACUGCGGGGAGGUCUUCCGGGGGGCGUCGGAGUUCAACGAGCACCGCAAGAGCCACGCGGCCCCCGAGCCCCGGCCCGGCCCCAGCCGCGCCCCGGAUGAAGCGGCGGCGAAGGGGGAGCAGAUGGAGAGGGAGGCGAAGCCCUUCGAGUGCGAUGAGUGCGGCAAGAGGUUCAAGAAGAACGCGGGCCUCAGUCAGCACCUGCGUGUGCACAGCAGGGAGAAGCCCUUUGGCUGCGAGGAGUGUGGGCGCGCCUUCAAAGUGAACACCCACCUCUUCCGACACCAGAAGCUGCACACCUCGGAAAAGCCCUUCGCCUGCAAGACGUGCAGCCGGGAUUUCCUGGACCGCCAGGAGCUGCUCAAGCACCAGCGAAUGCACACCGGCCACCUGCCCUUCGACUGCGACGACUGCGGCAAGUCCUUCCGAGGGGUCAACGGCCUGGCCGAGCACCAGCGCAUCCACAGCGGGGCCAAGCCCUACGGCUGCCCGCACUGCGGCAAGCUCUUCCGGAGGAGCUCGGAGCUCACCAAGCACCGGCGCAUCCACACGGGCGAGAAGCCCUACGCGUGCGGCCAGUGCGGCAAGGCCUUCCGGCAGAGCUCCAGCCUCCUGGAGCACCAGCGCAUCCACACCGGCGAGCGGCCCUACGCCUGCGGCGACUGCGGCAAGGCCUUCCGCGGGCCCUCCGACCUGAUCAAGCACCGGCGCAUCCACAGCGGACUGAAGCCCUACGAGUGCGACACGUGCGGGAAGGCCUUCCGCAGGAGCUCCGGCCUGAGUCGCCAUCGCAGGACCCACAGCGGAGCGAGGCGCUGCGAGUGCAGCGAGUGCGGCCGCGUGUUCAAGAGGCGGUCGGCGCUGCAGAAGCAUCAGCCCAGCCACCACGAGUAAGACGGGCCGCAGCCCCACGGCUGCCGGCCGCCGGCCGCCGGCCGAGGCGCCCAGGGCUCUGGGCGAGGGGGGCAGAGUCAAAGGAGAUGAACCGUUUUGUAGCGCUUACACAUUUUGUCGUCGGAAAGGUUGAAGCCAACUUCUACUGCCACCAGCAAUUUAUAAGUGUCCGUGUUUCCCCUUUUGCCUAUGAGAGUAGCUUCUAGCAUUUCGAUGUAUUUGGGCUGCUUCAGCUGGCCUGAGGUACCAAUCCACAGGCCUUGAACCUGAGAGAGAGAGAAGAGAAGCCUGGCCGUGGGGGUGGAGGUGGGGUUCGUCGGUCCUCCCCCACCUGCUCCCCGCCGGGGGACACCGAGACCCGCAGCUAUUCGGGGAUGGCCUUGAGAGAGAGCGAAGCCAACCUUCCCGAAGAGAAGCUCGCCCCAGACUGCUUUGGCCUACUUGAAUUUAUAAAUUUUUAGGGCUGUAAAUAGGACAAUCACAUGUCUGAUAAAGAUUUAAUUUAUUAAUUUAGUGAUACAUACAUAUUGUAAAGUGCAUAUGACAUAGAAUAAUAUAUUAAUUCAGAAAAUCAUUCCCUUUUUCCCUAGCGCCGCUCCAUGAGGUCAUUUAACUCUAACUCCUCUUACACGUUCCCAACCUCACCGCCUUCACCAGCCUCAGAGUCCCUUUGGCGUCAUCGGUUCCAAAGCACAUCCAGUGGCUGCCAUCCCUCCGAGCUGUGGGCCAUGUAGCACUGUGACAAGGCUCUCGCCAGAAGUCGCCUCCCAAGCCAUAAGCACAUGUUCACGUAACAUUAGAAUGCUUGCUGUUGUUGUUGUUUCAUUAAACUGAAGGUGUUCCUUUUUUGAAACGACCUCUCACCGACUUCGUGAAAGCAUCUCAAGCGACACUGUCACUGAGAGGGCCUUCGCUUAAGAAAAAGUACUGAAUCGGAGUUCGGUUGCUCUCGUGGCCCUUUUUCUUAAGCCCGUGCCAUCUGGUGACGCCCAUCCAUGUCCAGAGCUGCCACUGACUGGGGUUCGUUUCGGCCUCAUGGGUCUUGUCCUCCAGCAGCACUCCUGUGUUCAAAACAAGGUAGGAACGUCUCAAGGACUCAAGGGUGAGGUGGCGCCUCCUUUUCGGGACCCGUAGCCUCUCCUCAGGUGGGGCCCAGCUGGUGUUUCGCCCAGCCUCCAUGUCCCCCUCCGGGAAACGAACGUGACCACGGGACGACCUCCGAAGCUCCCCGCAAGGACCGCGGUGCCGCCCGCGCCCGGCCCGGAGGCACGCGCUCGGCGAAGGGCCUCGGCCGUCAACGUCGUUGUCGUCGCUGUUGUUCCGUGACUCCUGGGGACAGACCCAGGCCUCCUGACUCCUGGUCUCCUCUUCUUUGUCUCGCGCGAUGACUUCAAAUACUGUUUCCGUUGUCUUGCAUGCGAAUCGUAUGUUCAUCUCCUUUGACCAGUUACCGAGUUCCCUUUGGAUAUAUUGACUUUAGACAGCAGUUCUUUCUUCAUCGACUGUGAUGAUGGCUUUUCCAGUUUUAUUGCUUUGCUUCGUGUAACAGGUUUAUUACAUUUCUGUUGUGCCAGCUUUUGAUUUUCACGUAUCCAACACUCAUAGGUGUCGGCUACGCCGUAGCUUCCAUUGCUUCAGUAGUUACAGGUGAUUACAUUUUUUUCUAGAAUUUUAAUUACAAAUGAAAAGUUGAAAGCCCUGCCCCACCAGAAGCUGGAUGUGCCAGGCGGGCAGGCUGGAUGGAAAUGGGCCAGAGACGCAGGCUCGCUCAUCCAAGACGCAGACCGCACAUCUGUGGGCAGUGCUCGACUAUCCAGCCUGGCCACUCAGGCCCUCGAGAGGAACUUCCAUCUCGGAUUGGCCAGCGCACUCUGACCGUUCCUCAGUAGAGCCCUGGCCGUCAGCCACAGGGCCGGGCCUCACCUCCAUCAAAGGGGUGGUCCCAACUUGGUGGGUCUUGGCAGCAGCAGGCCGAGGCCUUGGCCAUGCUCGGCGUGGAUUCAGUGCCUGAGCAGUGGAUCCACCCGAGAGACGUCCCAAACACACGGAGACUCACUCGAGGGACGCUGUCACGUGGAUGGCCUCCUCCUCCUCCUAGAGAGGGACCCUGGAUCUAGAAAGAGCUCGGUUUGGUGGCUUCCGCUUUCGACAACUAGGGGGAACUUCACCCGUGUGUUCUGAGGUGCGGCCACACCUCAGAGGGGCGACGGAGCAAAGGCUCGGAGAAGAACCGCGCCCCUCUGAAGGCUGCGCCAUGCCCGGGCUGUGACUUGCAGCAGCCGUGCCCAGGAGGGGCACUCCAAGGCGGGUUUGGAGGGCACCAACGCCCUUCUGACAAUGGCCUGUGUGGCAUGGAAAGAGAAGUUGGUCAUCCUGGGGCUGGGCUGUCACUUCCGCCAGCCCCCCACCCCCCACCCCGGGAGGAACGGCAGCAAGGGCCGGCCAGCAACCUGGCCCCUCCAGCGGCCUGGAGAGCCCGCAGGCAGAAGCCAGCCUCGCUGUGCCGUGACUUCACAGCAGCUGGGCCUGGGGUAGAGGGGGUGCUCGAGGGCUUGCCGAGGAAGCGGGCCCUUCUGAUGGGCCCCCCGAGGCCGGGAAGCAGGGUCCCACAGUGACCCUGUGACCUUGGCUAGAAGGUCCUCUGGAAUGGCCUCCGGGCCACAGCAGUGUCUCUCCGCGACAUCUCCAUCCUGAGCCCCGGGCUGGAGAGAAGCUGACGGCACUUGUUACAUAGCGAUUCUUUUUGCUCUGGGGGCCUCAGUCCUUGCCGUCGUUGUGAAUCUGUGUCUGAAAUCACUGCUUCCUUCUCUCUUUUCAAGCGGUUAUGACGUAUGUGCUACAACUGUCAUUUGGGAGCGAGCGCGGACGGCCGUGGGGAGGGGGGGGCGUCUGGCACCUUUGCAGGAGACACCCUGCCAUUUGUUGCCCGGGUCUUAGGAAAGAUCCAGAUGCAGUAUUAACUUGGAACCUAGCAUCGUGGGCAUCACCGCUCCACGUGUCUCCGGCCAGGACGCGGCGUCUUGGCAUCCGUCAUACCUUCUUUUUUUUUCCCAUUCGCAGUUCUAUGAUUUUCUCUCAAACCAACUGUCCUCCAGAGCGAACGCAGCUUUUCGGCCCCUGUGUUUGCGGGUAAAGUCUGUGCGCUCUGCAAACGCAAGCAGUCUGUGGCUUUAACAUGUGUCCUGUAGUUGUGCCGAGUCCAGGCUUUGCCCCGGGUCCCUGGGGGGUGGCUUUCGUGGGACUCUAGGUGUACCGCUACGUCAGAUGCAAAAUGUGACCAGGCUUCCUGUCGCGUGUGCUCGUCUAUGCAUUCGUGGAUCUACCUCAUCUCAUUUUUCUUUCUAAUCACAAAGGCAAACGGAGAGCAGGUGGCUUACCCAGAAUGCCGGCUCUCAUGCGAAAUGUGUCCUUUUCUUAUAUCCUGGAACCGUCCAUUGCUUUUAUUCAAGUUUGGGAUACUUGCUGAAAUUUUCAAAAAGAAAGUAAUUGUUUACCACUUUUGCUGCUUAAUAUGAUUAACCGUUUGGAUUAGUUGUAACCUGCCCACUGUCGCGUUUUCAAAAUGAGCCCCACCCAGUCUCGGUGGGCACCUUUCUUGGUGUUGUGCUCUGCGUGCCCGGGCUCCCCUUCCCCUGCCCUCGUUGUGUGUCACGUGACCCCCACCCCACUCUAGGCUACGUUCCUUCAGUCAGAACUGAGCACCUGCCUCGGGGGCAGCAACUGGUCGACAGAGCUGGAGACGUCGGGGCUGGGCCUUUCGGGUUCUCCAUCAGUGAAGAAGACUGAGAGAGAAGUUUCUGGCUGGUGCUGGAAGAAAGAGGGAGCCACGAGGGAUCGAGAGGAGUUGCCCCCAUGGGCGGCACCGGCUUGAAGGUCUGUGGGCUCCUGCUGGGCACCCAGAGCCGUCCCAGGGUGGCCCGCCCUGUUACGUUCUAGGGUUUCAAGCAACUGCCCUGACUGGGCUGCCUGUGUCCCCGCCAUAGAGUCCCCUGACCCGAGCCAGCUUGAGUGGGUCUCUGCUUUUUGCAGUCUGUCGAGAGCAAUUGCAUUUUACCAUUUGGCUGCUUCCCGAGACGAAUCACAUGGCUGGCCUUCCUCCCGUGCUACCCCGUGGCCCUCCGUCCAGGACCAAGCCCCCCCCCCCCCCCACCGACUGGCGUGAACACCUGUCUUAGAUGUGGUCCUAUAUUCGGUUCGCUAAGAUGAGUGAAAACCUAUGCCCUCUGGUCUCCAUGAGUUUGACCAAUGCUUCUCUGUCUGGGCAUUGUUCCUGUCCUGCCCCAUGAUUGCCCCGGGAAAUGAGUUCAAUCACCACCGCCUACCCUGUUCUCUCACCACUUCCAGCAAAUCCGUCAGAUCGGGGAGUUGAUAACCUCUGUAUGGCUCGUGUACUUUCGUUCUGUGGUUCUCCUUGCACCCGUUGGGCUGUUUACUUUCAAAAGGUGACAUGGUCUCUUUAAACAUGGCCUUCAAAGUUACUUGCAUAUCUGAGAACAGCUGUGUCCUGCCCCAGUUUGUAUUUGGGUUGUUGGCGCUCUUUUCUCCUUCCUCCCCCGUCUCCUUAACUUGUCUGUCUUACGGCACUUACUAUAAUUGGCCUUGCACUAGAGCUUCGCCCGCCCCCGCCCCCGCCCCCGCCCCCGCCCCACCCGUUAGAUUGUGAGCUCUUAGAAGACAGGGGUGGCCCCUCGUGUCCGAUGCCCCUACCAGACCUAGCACAGUGCCUUGCAUCGAGUAGAUUUCAAUAAAUAUAUGUUAAAUGGCA